AUGUCGCGUGGUACCAGCGCUGGAUUUGAUCGACACAUUACUAUUUUUUCUCCCGAAGGACGAUUGUACCAAGUUGGUUAGUUGACUGUUAAACCGUUGAUUACUUAUUGUGCUGGGUGUUAAGUUUUUGUUAAUUUUGUUCUUUAGAAUAUGCAUUUAAAGCGAUAAACCAAGGCGGUCUAACGUCAAUUGGUCUUCGUGGGGCUGACUCAGCAGUGGUAGUAACUCAAAAGAAAGUUCCAGUGAGUUUUAAUUUCCUUGGAUUUACUGUAAAUUUUUCCUUACCUCCAUUAAAUGUUAAACUGUUUUAGUUUUAAAACCCUGAACUACGCUCGCUUUAGUAGUUCUGUCUUAUGUAUGUAUACCCCGGAUGUGUACAAUUUUUUUGUUGUUACAUAAAUGGAACCUUGGAUCUUAAAACAUCACUUCAAUUACUAUAAGUUUGGAACAUGUGCCACAUAUGAAGCUAUCAUCACCGUAAUAUAUAGACACAAAGAAACACUUGCACAUUUUUUUCCAUAAAGAAACAUAAACUCCUUACUUGGUUUGUACAACAACCAUAAUUAACGUUUGGUCUGUUCAGAGCUGCAGAAGGGAUCUCAGACUAGCCUAUGUGUACUUCAGUCUCAGACAAAAAUAGUUGGGACACUUCCACUCAAUGCUGUUUUUUUUACUUGUGGCCCGUCUCCUCAUCCUCCCAAUGUUGUUUACCACAGUUAACUCACUAAAUCUUACACACCAACAUUGGGAGGGCAAAAAGACAGCAAAGUGUCCCAACAAUUUUGACUUAGACUGUAGAUUGAGUUUAAGUGAUAGAUUGAGUAUGAUCAGUACUACUUUAAUCUCUUGUUCUUACACUGAGGAUAGUCAUUGGUCAAAUCAUCCUUUCUUUUCUGAUGUCUCCUUACUUAAUUGUCAGCACCAGCAACUAGUAAGUAGACUUGGAGACAGUCUUGAUACAAUAUGACAGACAUAGGUAUAGACGUAGUUUGGGGCAGGUACAAAACUUGGACCAGAUCAACUCCUUUACUUACAGGGAAAACAAUGGGAACUGUUGUCUGGUAAGUAUGUAGAUGAAGUGAUCCAAGUCUGAGUUUUGUACCUGCCUCGUAGUUUAUCUACCCAUGAAGAGCACAAAGGUUGUAACUCUCUAUAAUGCCCUCGUGAAAAAAAAAAAAGAAGGGUUGAAAAAAUGCAAAAGAAAUAGAAGUUAAAAAGGAUAACUUGAAAUAUAUACAAAUGCAGGAAUAAUGACCGUAACUGCAAGUAAAUAAUGACAAUUCUGGAUAUAGUAUUACUGACCUUAAUUUCAAAAGCUAUACUCAUGUUUAAUCUAGACCUGUGUUCUACUCAAAACUGAAUGUUAAGCUACAGCCAGCGAAGAUCUUUUCAAGAAAAACAGUGUCAAGACUUGCUUUUAAUGCUGGCUAGUAAAGCAUGUUGAGCAGAUAAAUGGAAUGUUUAAAUUAAAGCUAUUAGUUUAAGAAGUGAUAGUCCAAAACUCACUUGGCAGUAUAUUGUCUGAUGGUGUUUUGCAGGAUAAACUGCUAGAUUCUGACACUAUGACACACCUGUUUGAAUUGUCUGAAAGAAUAGGAUGUGUUAUGACUGGACUGAUAGGUAAGAUGGUUUUUUACCUUUUUAUGGGACAAUACUGUUAAUUUUAAUUUUUGCUGCAUGUAGUGGUUUAUGUAACUUAGUCAGUCAAGACAGGUCAAGCAUACUUCCCCAAGAUUCUAUUAAUGAAUUGAUUAUUUGAAAAAUUAAUCCAUUAGUCGUUCCCAUAACUAGUGUCAAAUUCAAAUCGGCAAUCCUGCAUGCGUAAUGAACAGUGAAUAUUUUGCGAGAACUUCUUUGUAUUUGGUCAGAUUGAAAAUCUUUGAAUGGAUAAAAUUGCUUCUAAGACAUUUACAUCAAAUUCAGGGAAACUGAGCUGGUAGAAAUGUGUGAAAUCAUGGCUCAUUAUGCAUGGAAGAAUGCAGAGAUGAAUCUAAAAUCUACAACUACCAAUAAUGAAUACAUGAAUGAAAUCUUGGGGGGUAUGCUUGACCUGGCUUGACUGUAAUCUAGUAGCUAGUUUGCCAUUUAAAUCUUAAGACUUAUUAGGUUUGAAAUGCAAAGAUCUAUAGCAAGUGUAGAUUGUUCAAAUGAUCCCUUGAGAAUCGUUCUUAGAGAAUUCUGGCCAGUGUACUGUAGUGACCAUACAGACCAACAUUUAUGUGUUGUGUUAACCAUGAUAUUACAAUGAAAUUGGUUAAGGAUUACUGGUAUGUGAUUGUUUUCUUUAAACACAAUGUUAUUUAAGUUUGCUGAAAACAGUCAAUUAAACUAAAAUAGGGGCCCCACUAAAAACCGCCUUGGCGAGUUGGGCUCCCUCUACAAAUAUUACUGUUAUUAUUAUUAUAAACAUUAUCCAUUCAGAUUGACCAUUGUAGAUUACCGUUAUUAGUGACCUUUUUUCAUUAUGGUUGACAUUUAAACAGAUAGAAGACACUAAAAGGACUCUCCAGUGCAACCAUUACUUUAAAGUUGCACUUUUUUUGUUAAAGUUAUAUUUGGGAUAAGAAACUUGCCAAAUAAAUAUGAUGAUUUAUAGUGGAAAUGUUACGUGACACAAGUAACACAUUUUCUUCCUCUAACAAUUCCAACAGUGCUUUGGAUCGAAACCUGCAAACCAUGAGCAAAGUUCAUGUUACAUUAUCAAAAGCAGCCAUGGUGUUCCCGGUGACUAGUCCCCCUCAGUAAAUUGACACCAUUGCCUGAUGAAGAUUUGCAGUCAAAGCAUCAUGAUCAAUACUUAAAAUAAAUGACUCUUGUGAGGCAAAGGAUAAAUGUCAGAGCCUACCAUUCUGCUACUGUGACAAAUAACAUCUUUCAUGACACUUUUCCCAGUCUUGGUUGUGAAAUAAACAGUUUCUGCAACAUUUGUUCACUGUACAUGUAUAAUCAGGGUUUUCACUAUUUUUGGAAAGUGGAAGGGCUCCUCAGGUUGAGUAGAAAAAGUUGGAAAUUUUUGGUUUGAGAGGUGGCUUUUCCAUAUCACUUGAAGCGGGUCUUGUGCUCCAAGAGCACUGACCAGUGCCAGUACCUAUGUUUUACUGAAACCCAUUUCAAGUUGCUGGGUAAAUACAACAAGUUGGCCGGAAAUCAAGCAGCUAGGGAUUGCUUUUGGUUCUGUUUUUCCUCUAUUUAUUUUUUUAAGUAGUCAGGGGUCACCUUCAUAAUAGUCACCUUCAUCAAUAUGCCAUUGAGGGUGAAAAAUAGCUUAGUGGCUUUUUGUUCUGUAUUUCAGCUGAUUCACGUUCCCAAGUCCAGAGGGCUCGAUAUGAAGCAGCCAACUGGAAAUAUAAAUAUGGUUAUGAAAUUCCAGUGGAUAUGCUCUGUAAAAGAAUUGCUGACAUUUCACAAGUCUACACUCAAAAUGCAGAGAUGCGACCUCUAGGAUGCAGUAAGUUUCUGUGGUCUUGUUCACCUUUGCUUCAACCUCCAGGGCCCCAGUUGUUCAAAAGGUGAAUGACACUAUCCAGUGGAUAAGUAUCAGGGAAAUCAAAUUGUGUUAUCUACUGGAUAGAGAUUGAUUUUUGAGUGGAUUCUAUUUUCCAGUUGGGGCCAGGCAUAUAUGGUCACACACCACACACACACACAAAACAGAAUCUCAUUUUAAUGAUAAAAUUGAAAAGUUCAGCUCAAGGCAAAAAUGUAUGUAAUAAAAAUACCUUAUAGACGUUAUUGCAGUAAGUUUAUCAGUCUUAGUGAUUUUAUUGAAUGGUUGUGAGAGGGAUGAUCACAUGACGAUUCUGCUUCUGACACUGAACACUGAUGUUAAGCACAGCCUGGCCUUAGUCAUGGUUUGGUAGAAUUUCCUAACUCAUCCAAAACCCACUUGGUCUUGACUUGUGUCAUUGCCUUGAAUUACAGAGGAAAUGUGUGGGAAUACUAUUCUGUACGUCCAAAAUCGGUUAGCAUGAGCAAAACAUUGACCUUUUUUAUUGUAUCCUAUCUUGCAGGUAUGAUUCUUAUUGGAAUUGAUGAUGAAAAGGGACCUCAGCUGUACAAAACAGAUCCUGCUGGUUAUUACUGUGGAUUCAAGGGCUGCAGUGUUGGAGUCAAACAAACAGAAGCAAAUAGCUUUCUUGAAAAGAAAGUGAAGAAAAAACAUGCUUGGACACAAAGUGAAACCAUCGAGGUAUGUCAGUGUACUAAAGACACAUGCUAUUUCCUAAUAAAACACAGAUAUUCAUUUAACAUGACUGAAAAGCUGUCUGAAAUGUAUGCCAUGCUACUUGUUGUAAUGCACUGAGGUCGUGCUAGAAUUACCUUUCAUCACUCUGCCGUUAUGUUUUGUAUUUUUCCCCUCGCCCCCGGCCAUUUUCUUUUUACGGACUUGCUCCAAAUGCAUUUCAAAAUGUUCUGUAUCCAAUCAGAGGCAGGGAAUCAAUUCAAAUGCUUUUGGAACUGGUUGGUCAAACUAGAUGCCCAGGGGUUCCCAUGUUCUUCUCUUAAUGUGCCUUCACCCUAUUUUGGAUAGGGCAGACCUGGAUGAAGCGUACUGAAUCGAGACGUGCUCUUGCUCGGCCGGCCGGGCCAUAGUAGUAGUAGUUCACCCGUGAAUAUUCAUCCAUUUUUAAUGCUUCAAAGUCUCUGAAUAUGUGAUUAGAAAGAAGUCGAGUCAGAGUGUAAGAAGAAGUUUUUGAUUAUUUUGUUUGGUUUCUUUUUGUCUUUGCAGACUGCCAUCAGUUGUUUGUCUUCAGUAUUGUCUGCAGAUUUUAAACCAUCCGAAUUAGAAGUUGGUAUCGUUACUACUGAUAAUCCACGUUUCAGGUGAUUCGCUUUCUCAUUUUUUUUAUAGGUAAUUGCAGCUAUUGACGUUUCCGUCGCUGUCGUUUCCCAAGGAUGUUUCAGAGUCAUUUAUCCUCAAAACUCGUCAAACAAAAUAGUUUUUACUUUUAUAAAAUAAGCGCGAAACCCUCGUCUAAUGUUAGCCACAAGCUUUGGUUCCAAUGUACGCGCAUAAUUAAGUGGGGUUCUUAAAUUUUAGGGCUGGUUUACAUGUAAUGUCUACGAUCACAGAAAAACUCAAGUUGUCUGAACGAUCGUAGUUGUUAGAUGGAAACCAGGCUAAAAUCUCCUUUGGGAUGACCCUGAUUCACCGGUUGGGCUGGGGGGAGGGGGAGGAUGCCGGCCGGCCUUCUUUAGCUGGCUACAGCUCAGCUUUCCUGAAUCUAAUUCUGAUCAACAAUGGUUUGUGAAUCUUAAACGUGUCUCAUAGGUUUUAAAAUACCCUGCUGAGGUAAAAACUCGUUUAUAACUGUAUAUUGUAGAGAAUUGUAUAUUGUAACUUGUAUAUUUUCAUUUUAGGAAACUUACUGAGGCUGAAAUUGAUGGACAUUUAGUAGCCAUUGCUGAACGUGACUGAGACAGCUAAUUUACAAACAGAGUGAAAGAAGACCAGUUUCUUUUGUAUAUUAUUGCAACAAGCAAGUCCCGUACACCGGCCAAAACACUGUUCUAGCAAAUGCGGGUACUUGACUUCGACAAUUGCCGUUUUAUACUUUCAUUUCACCUUCAUCAGCUAUUAAAAUAAAUUUAACUUAGAUAUAUGUUUAUGAUGGUUUAUUAUUUUCUAUAAUCUUUACGGCAAAAAUGCUGAAUGAAACCCGG